UAUCCGGAACAGUGUUUGGUUUCUAUGUGCAGUGAAAAAAAUGUUGUCCACUUUCAUUUGAACUUGUGAAGAAAGUUACAGGUAAUGUGACAUGUCAGCUUGGGUCAGUCUCGUUAAUCAGAAUGAUCUGUCACUGCGAUUAUUAAUGACAAAUGUAAUUAAGCAAAAUUAAAGAUCUCGCGAAACGGAAUUCGUUUCCAAGUUGAUUUUGAUAAUGGAAGGUGAAAAUCAUAAUGACAAUGAAGUUACUUUAGAAAUAAAAGAUAAGGUGGAAGAUAUAAAUCAGUUUGAUUCUGUUUCUAAUGUCGUAUCACAACCAGAUAAAUCGAGAGACAAUGCAAAAUCUGUACUGAAAGACACUACUAAUCUGUCCCAUGUUAAGAAGCAUGACAUAGUUCCAAGUCUGGGAACACCAAUGAAACUUAAGAAAAUGAAGAAAGGUAUAUUUGUAUCGUAUUCCCCUGAUGCUGGAUUUUUGGAGCGAAAAUUUGUUGUAGAAACUAUCCGGCAGUUAAAAGAGAACAACUUGGCAGAAGACAUAUGGUUUGACAAGGAUGAAAAGAACACGGACAGUCCUUGUUGGUUUUCUAUGAGAAUGGAAGCUGUUGAAAAGUGUCGUGCAGCACUGAUAUUUUUAUCAGACAGCUAUUUUAUGUGUCCAGUUUCAGUAUAUGAAGGAAAAACAUUAUAUGAAAGGAAGAAAGCAUCACCAACGUCAGUUGAAAUAUUCCCUGUUUUGUUUUCUACAAUGGAGAAAACAGAGUUACCUCGUGAAUAUUCUAGUAUUUUAAAAAACCUUGUAGAUUUGACUCAACAGCAUACUAAACUUAGUUUAGCAGAGAAAGCAUCUGUUGUGAUUGGUGCAGUGAUGGAAAGUUUGGAGAAGUUCGCUACAAUCAACACGCCACCUACACCCAUUACUCCACCUGAAACUGAAUUUAGUGGAGAUUACAAAAAGAAGAAAAUUUGUCAGUGGAGCCCAAGUGACUUGCAAGAAUGGAUAUUCAAGUUAGGAGUUAAAGAAUUUUAUCAGCAAAGCCUAGCAGAAAACAUGGUUGAUGGAUUUUUGUUGAUGUCCCUGACAGACCAAGACAUGAUAAACCACCUUGGAAUCGACAGUCGUGUAGUACGUAAGAAAAUAAUGCAGCAGAUUCUACAGACGCUUGACAAAGAACAUCGAUCAGUAGACAACUGGCAUCUUAGAUCCAGAGCACAAAGAUCAAAACCAGAUGUCAUAUAUCUGAUUUAUGACCCAACAGAUGUCAGAUUAGCACAAAAUGUUAAAGCUGACUUAAAAAAGAAAAACUUGCAGGUUAUUCACCAUGACAGUUUAAAGCUUGGUAAAUCAAAAGAAGAGUUUCUACAAAUAAAUGGUCCACACAUGGCUACAGCAACCCAUGUGAUCGUUAUCCUGACAGAUGCUGCAACAUUGUCACCUUUUGUUUUCCAUGAAGUGCUGUUUGCUGAUUGGCUUGGCAAGAAAAUAGUCACCGCCAUGUUUAAAAAUGUUUGGCCUGGUCUUAGGCCAUCACUAAAAGCUAUAUUAGGUGAUUGUCCAGCCAUUGAUUUUGAAACCAAGAUGUACAAUGAGAGCCUAGAUGUACUUGAACACCAUAUUAAACCUUUAAGGAGAGUUCCUGGAGUUGUACUGGAGCAGUCAUAUCUCAAUAAGAUGUCAGAUGGACUCAAACCAUUAGAAAGUCUGGCUUUAGUUAAAAAUGGUGCAACCCCAGUAACAAAGGAAGAUGGCGACCCACAAGUGUUCAUAAGUUAUCAAUGGGACAUGCAAGGAAAGGUAGAGGACAUUAAAAACUUACUGGAACAAAAUGGCCUUCAGUGCUGGGCAGACAUCACCAUUAACCAUCCACCAAGGGGAACCAGUAGCAAAAGUUCACGAAGUAGUGUGACACAUCAACUGGAUUCUGGUCUUGACACAUUACAGAGUCAAAUCCAGAGAAAUAUGAAAGCUGCUUCAGUAGUUCUAACCUGUCUCACACCAAAAUACCUCCAAAGUGAUAACUGUAAGAAAGAUUUGACAUUAGCUGAAACAUUUCACAAACCAAUUGUACCUGUCUUACUCCGAUUCUCUCCCCUUGAAAGUGCUCCUGACCAAGUGCGAAAACUUUUGGCUCGCUAUAGUUACAUAGAUCUUAGUAAUGAUCGAUUAUACAAACAAAACAUUCCUAUUGUGCUGGAGAAAGUCAAAAAGUUAGUUACUCAUAGAGGUUACAGCUAGUACCAAAACUAAAAAUCAUCAUACAAAAGCUACAAAAUCAUGUGCCAUCAUGUAUAAAAAAGCUAAAUGUUGUUUGUAAACAUUUCACUAUUAUAAUUAAUCAUAUGAAGACAUGUGUUCUUUAGAUCUUUAUCAACUAUAUUAACUUGGCAUUGAAUUUCUGGACAUGAAACAUUGUACACUGAAAAGAUAUUACAUCAAGUUAGAUCUUUCUUUCAGUUGUAGAGUCUAAAUCAUAGGUGUUUCCCAAGUUGAGUCAUUUCAAUUGGCAGUUUUGAAUGUGUUGUGUAGUGUAUUAUGUUAACGCUGCCUUAUAAAUAUACAUUUAUUUUUGUAUGUUUUUUGGUCAAUACUUUAGAAUGUUUUUUGUAAGCAGUAUUUAUGAUUGGUUUUAACUUUCACCAAACUACUGAGUGUUUGAACCAUAUAAACUAUAGAUCUGUUUUAAAGUUGAUAACUCAGGUUAAUCAGAUUGCUUGAAAUUAUUCAUUUUUGUGUGUGAAUUAUUAUCAUUGUUGUCAUCCAUCAUAUCAAAACUUCUGCAAUGUGUUCAAUUGAGCUAAAUUAAGUAUUACUGCAAUUAGUUUUCAACAAUACAGUUAUCCUGUCCUCAGAGAAAUUUGUUAUCACUGUAUUAUGUUAAUGUGUGUUAAAACAAUGUAAGAGAGGAUAAAUAUAUAUAAUGCUAAUUUAAUGUUCUGAUGUUGUUUUAUAAUGAAUAAGAUACAAUAGAGUGGAUUGGUUACUCAAGAUUUUUCUGUUGUGGUAUGUUUUGUAAAUUAGGCUACAUUUUAUUGGUUAUUUCCCUUAUUUAGUCAUUUGCAGUGCAUUCUAUACAGUUUAUUGUUUUUGUCAGCAAAUCAAGAAAUAGAUAGGAAUGUUUGAUGUGUGAAUAUAAAUUUGUGCUGAUUUUUUGUUUUUGUUUUUACAUUGCAAUUGCCUGAUGUAGCUAAGAUAAAACAGUUUAUUAAAAUAAAUUUUGCAUUUGUCGAACUUUCUAAGGAUUUUAAUAUUUGUCAAUAUAAUCAAGCAAUCUUUUGAGAUUGGUAUGCCAUAUUUACAUUUAUGUCAGUUUGUGAUUGAUGACUUUCUAUAUGCAGCUGCUUUCUAAACUAAUGACAACACUUCGCCUUUUAGUAUAGAAUUUUGAUUCUGGUAAAUAUUUUUAUAAUAUUGAUUUAAAUAGUUGGUGUUUUGGGAGGAAGCUUGUAUAGAAUUACAAUUAUCAGAGCAUUGAACAAUUAAAAAAUGUCCCCUGCUUAUGUUUUGAUAAAAAUAUAAGAUAGAUAACUAAAUCUUUGCCUUGUUACUAAGUUGAUUGUGCUUAAAUGGUUUUUAAUGAAUCAAACAUUAUAUUUGCAUUCAUAAGUAUAUUUUUAUAAUUUAUAAAUCGGUUUCCAAGUCUGUGAUAGUCUUUUUUUUUACUGUGAUUUGUCCACAAGUUGUUUUGUAUUACCUCAAAGCUUUAUAUAUUUUUAUAUUGUGUUUAUAUGUCAUACAUGUUGUUUUAAAAGGGAUGGAGACAGUUCAAAUGAAUUAAGUUAUGAAUGAUAAAAAAAACUGUAUUUAUUUGGUAUUUUUUUUAUCAGUAUUUAUUUUUGAAGGAAAUUGGCAUAGUGUUUAACCCCAUUUAGAAUAUUGCUUAUGUAAAAAAAUUCCAAGGGUCCAUCAAUUUUUUAUGACAAAAUAAACCUGUGAAAAUAUUAAAGUAAGUAAAACAAUUGUCUGCCAUUUUGGGAUAGGAUAGGAGAAGAAGGUCAUACAUAAUUUUGCUAGAUUGACAUUUAGACUGAGGGUUGGAAGACUUCAUAAACAAACAAAAUGACAUAAACAGAGUGUUUAAUACAGUAUCCGUUAGCAAACAGAGAAAUAAAUUUGAACCAUUUUAAUGUUUCAAUGAUACAUAUACAAUAGAAUGGCAAUAUGUAAUCUACAAAUGCAAAAGGAAAAAUUCACACAUAACAACCCUUUUAAUAAUAAUAGAUGCAUGUUUACUAGAGUUUAUAAAAAAAUCUUGUUUUAAAGCAAUAAUUCCUGAGUAUAAACUAAUACUUCACAGAAACAUUAAUAAGAACACAUUUACACUAUAAGUAAUAACUUGAGUAUAACAACACUUUGAUAGACAUUUAGAUACAAAGACCAUAGAUAAUAGUACAAUUGUUAUUAGUCCAAGUUAAGUAGAAAGAUUUUUCAUAUAUAAAAUACAUAUGUUUUAAUAUGUCAUACAUCAGAUUUAUCCAUUUUCUGACAUUAUUUUUGCUAUAGUAUCAUUAAGAGCUUGAAAUAUAAAUAUGGGUUCAUCAUAAUUUGUUGCUGAAUAUCAGUACCUCCUAUCUAGUCUUGCAAGACAAAGUAUUCCACUCUAUUUAAAGCAUUUCAUAUUCAAUGAAUUUAUCUUUCUUAAUUUUAAAGCUAUGUCAAUUGAAAUGACUUCAAAUGGUUCUAAACUGAUUUUAAAGCUUUGUCAAUUGAAUUAACAUCAAAUGGUUCUAAACUGUACAUGUUAAAAACCUAUGUUAUGUUUCAUAUGAUAGAAUUACAUUAUAUGUUAAAAACGAAUUUACUCCAUGAUAUCAUAUCAUUUUGAAGUUAUUCUGAGAGUAUUCUAAAAUUGACGAAAAAUUGCCAAAAUAAAAUACCAUAGUGCCUCAAUAGGUAAAAAAAUCAAGUUGCCAAAAUGGUAAAAAGAAAAACUUUAAUUGGGUAAAUAGAAUGCUAGGUGAAUUUGAAAUUAUUUAUUGAUUGAAUCAUCUGAAACCUGUUGUUGAUUUUUUUUUAAAAUAAAUUUGAAUGAUGCAUACACAAAAUUUUUGUAGCUUGUCACCUUGUUAUUAAAUAUCAUUAAAACAGAUUUUUUUCUUAAAAAAAUUUCAAUAUACCAGUUCUUGUUUACCAGUUCCUUACCUAUCAGUAAAACAAUCUGUGCCACUUAUGAUGAUUUUAAAGCAUAAUGAAAAUAUGUAACAGUAGUUUGUCAAAACAGUUUGAACUUAUACAUAAUUUUUAUGAUUGCCUUGAAACUGUACAAUGGUAUGAUAUGUAACUUUAUACUAUAGUAUUAAAACCCCAGACCAAAACAAAAUUGUUGAAUGUAAACAAUGAAUAAAACCACUUAUUUAUUUUUUAGCAUUAUUUUUCUAUUGUUCUGAAAUAAUUGUUAUAUAUAUAAUUUUGUUUUCAUACUAAUUUUAAUUAUUAUUUAAUAUUGGAAUUAUUUUAGUCACAUUUUUCUCUCUUCAUUGAUCUCAAAUUAUGAAAAGCCUUAAAUUUACACACUGACUUGGAUAACAUUUUUUUAAUAUCUAUAACUUUGUCAAAUCUUCACAAAACUUCAAAUUACAAAAAGUCCAUAUUUUACUGAUAAAAUGGGUUUUUUUUUUGCAGUAGAUAUUGACUAUUACACAGACAGCAGCGAAUGCAGGCAAGCUAAGAGUCAUGAAACCCUUUUAGAAAUUGUUUGCAUAAAAAUUAUUGGUAUCGAUCUUCCUGAUUGAUAAAGGUAGAUUAUUUCCUUUAACAAAAUAAUUCCAAUUAUAAAUAAUACCUAUUUUUAUUAUCUGUUAUUUGUUAUAUGUUUUGAUCUCUUCUUACUGAUUGUGUUAUAAUUCUGUGGAGUUUCUGCUCCUGUCAAAGCUGCCAGUCAUGUCCAUCGUGUAAAUACAUGUAUAUAUUUAUACCAGAGUGUUAAGUGUGAAGGUUACAGGUGUGUACACAGUGUGGAACACAUAAUUUAUGUUUUCUUGGAAAAGGGGAGUUAUUUUGUUCAUAAUAUUCAGAGCAUACUUUUAUCAGUACUGAUAUACUAGAAAAAGAAAUUGCCUGCAUUUUCUGUGAUUUUUUAAGACAACUUAAGUCCAACACUGACAGAAAGUUGAAGAAAAAAUAUAAUGCUUAAAAAUCACCAAAACAAACUAUUGUGAAAGAAAUGAAACCUUUCCCAAAAAUCAGUUUCUCUUAGUCAGGCUUUUUAAAUUUUUUAAAGUUUACCCAUCCAAUUUUAUAGAUUGCCAUUAUUUUCUAUGGAGUUUCGUCGAUGGGACUUACACGUUUCAUCUAGAAGCUAAUUAAUGAUUGACUAAAUAAGCUGAAUAUACAGGUAUAAGUACUGAAUAAGAAUAACAAUUUUAAUAACAAAUAGAGCAUUUCUUUUGUUGUUAAUAGUUGUUUGUUUUCGACACACAAUGUAAGCAAUAGUUUUUUUCUAAUUUCGUUCAAAUUUUUCUUUUAAGAUUUCAUUGUAUUUUCCCCUGACAAAAUAUUCAGGAAUUAGUCACAGUGUUCAUGAUAACUACAGGUAUCUUGAAUGUUUGAUAUCAAAAUACAAAAUUGUAAUUUCAUAAAUAUUGUUAACAUAUUGACUCUAAACAGUAUUGGAAACUGCUUUCUAAGUUUGCCAUCUUGAGCAAAAAUUAUUCAGUCAUGAUGGUAUUAUAAUCAUAUACCCUAUACUAAACUGCAAUCAUAGAAUGAAUAAGACAAUUUUAGGAUGCACCUAAACACACAGAUUUGUAUAUUUUGACAGAAGUAAUUUGUAAUUUUUGCUUCAUUUACAGUUUUAAAUCACCUUAUUUUACUUCAAUGCAUACAUUAUCUGACAUUUGGUUUUAGAUCUUAAAAAUAUCUGGCAGGAAUUAUUUUCAUCCUAUUUUAAGAGUAUGUUGUGUUUUCUGCUGUAAUCCAUGCAAUACCAAUCUUUACAUUCUGUUAUAUUUACAAGAUGGAAUAUUUUUUGUUAUGGAACAAAAUAAAUGCAAAAAUAAUGAC